UCUACAAUUUGUUCCCAGAGGCUGCAUUUGGUCACAUGGCUGGCUCUUCUAACUAGUUGCUUUGCAGCAUAGAAAACGUAUGUAAGAAGAUACAGCAAAGGUCACAUCUGAGCCGGUGACAUGGGAAAGUGGCAGGAAAUGACCAAGGAGGAGCUGGAGACACAGUACUCCCCUAGCAGGUGGUCUCCACGGUUGGAUGCGGAUGCUGUGAUUGAGGCUCACGUACAGGCAGUGAGCGAAGGUACCCGCCGUGCCCAGAUUGGCACCCAGACUCUGCUGAAUGUGCCCUACGGGUUGGGCGAGGGAGAGAAGCUUGAUGUGUAUCUUCCUAAGGAACACACUGAAACCUUCCCUCUGGUCCUCUAUAUCCAUGGUGGCUACUGGCAAUUCCUGAGCAAAGAUGCUUCAGGCUUUGCUGCGGGGCCCCUAGCGACCCACGGCGUCGCCUUGGCUGCAGUUGGCUACGAUGUGGCUCCCAAAGGCCAGCUGGAGGUGAUGGUCAGGCAGGUCCGACGCAGCGUGGCCUUCGCAGUUCAGCAGUACACAGGGAUCAGCGGUGUUUAUCUGCUUGGACACUCAGCAGGGGCCCACCUGGCAGCCAUGGUGCUCUCUACAGAUUGGGCAGAAUUUGGUGUUGUGCCAAACAUCAAAGGAGCCUUUUUGGUGAGUGGCCUCUAUGACUUGGAACCCAUCAUGCACACCUAUGUCAAUGAUGUUUUGCACAUGAGCCGGGAGGUGGCCUUACAGAAUAGCCCUUUGAAGUGUGUGCCUAAGUUGGAGGGCAGGAGAAGUUGCCAGGUACUUGUCACUGUGGCACAACAUGAUUCUCCCGAGUUCCACAGACAGUCCCAGGAGUACUUUGAGGCUUUGCGUGCAGCUGGCUGGAGUGCCUCUUUGCUGGACAUUGGAGACACAGAUCAUUUUGAUGUCAUUGAGAAGCUCUCCCAGGAAGACUAUUUUCUCACGCAGGUGAUUUUGAAAAUGAUUUCAAGAGGAUGAUAGGUUGACACAAGAUGGAAUUCUCAUCCUGGAGUCCCCAUCUACAGCCAUGAGUGGCCAUCGCUGACCUUGCAGACCCACCCACCCACCCCAAUCCUCCACUCUCUCUGCUGUGCUGUUUUAUUUCACCCUGGGAAUGGACUUCCUGCCAAUUGCAAUUUUAUCCAGUUAAGAAAGAACUUCAGAAAAAGACACAAAUCUAUUGAAAUGGAACUUUGAAACAUAUUAUUCCUUGUUGCUUUGGAGGCAAUUGACUCUUUAAGGAAGCACACAGUUCCUUUUGCAUGGACUGCCUGACACAGAGACAGUUCCUGUCCACUCCUGCAAUAAACUCUGUUCCUCGCAACGUGCUGAGAACAUUAAAAUAACGGCAACGCAUAAAUUACAUCUACAUUGUGGCAGUUAAUCACCUUCCCCCUAGGAGAUAGUCUGAAUCUGUGAGCACAGGCAAGGCAUAAUUGCUGCAUAAAUCACCACGUCUCUUUAUUCCUCAAAGGGCCUGAGCUGAAGAUGGGCAUCUUUCACUAACAGCAGUAACUAAACGUUUAUUCAACCUUCUAAGUCCAUACGAAACUGCCUUAUACAGUCAGAGCAGUGGCACUCUGUGCUUGUGCUAUGGAGGCCCAUGUCUCUACUACCACGGGCUCAAUGCAGUCUUUGAAUCAGGGACCCUGCAAGCAGGAAGCUGCAGAUUUAGAGCAUAGCCAGACUGGAACAUUUCUAAAAGAAAAUCGUGGGAAUCAUGGCAAUAACGGCUAUGACAACUGUGCUGCGACAGUCGGUUUGUUAUGCUCUUGCCUUGGAAUGGUCCAAAGUUAAGAAAUACCGGU